GCCGCCAGCCAUGCGCAGUGUGACUUGCUCGACGCCGACCAACAUUGCAGUCAUCAAGUACUGGGGCAAGGACAGCGUCGCGCUCAACACGCCCAUCAACUCGUCCGUGAGCGUGACGCUCAACCAGAAGCAGCUCAAGACGGUCACGUCCAUCGUGGCCUCGACCACCUUUGCCGCCGACCGCAUCUGGCUCAACGGCGCCGAGCAGGACAUCAACAACAAGCGUAUCCAGGUCGUGCUCAAGGAGAUGCGCCGCCUCGCGACGAGCAAGGCCCUCGACGCCGACGGCAAGCCCAUCCGCAAGGAGGACUGGCCCUCGUACAAGCUCCACAUCGUGUCGAUCAACACGUUUCCGACCGCUGCGGGCCUCGCGUCGUCGGCGGCUGGCUACGCAUGCCUCGUCGCAGCGCUCAUUGAGCUCUUCGCGGCCGAGGAAGAGUACCCUGGUCAGUUCUCGGUGGUCGCGCGCCAAGGCUCGGGCAGCGCGUGCCGGUCGCUCGACGGCGGCUUUGUGCGCUGGGAAAAGGGCACCAAGGCCGACGGCUCGGACAGCUUGGCCGUGCAGGUCGCGGACCACCUCCACUGGCCCGAGCUCGAAGCCAUCAUCUGCGUCGUCAACGACAAGGAGAAGGACACGAGCUCGACGAGCGGCAUGAUGACGUCCAAGGACACGAGCGAGCUGCUUGGCUUCCGCGCGCGCGAAGUCGUCGACAAGCGCCUCCAUGCGAUCGAAGCCGCGUACAAGGCCAAGGACUUUGAAACCUUUGGCAAGAUCACGAUGAUGGACAGCAACCAAUUCCACGCGACGUGCUUGGACACGUACCCGCCCAUCUUUUACAUGAACGAGGUCUCGCGCAGCAUCAUCCACAUGGUGCACAAGUACAACGAGGCGGCGGGGCGCGUCCAGGCCGCGUACACGUUUGACGCGGGUCCGAACGCCGUCAUUUUCGUCGAGAAGAAGCACACGGCCGAGGUCAUGGGGCUCCUCCUCCACCACUUUGACCGCGACGCGACGCUCGAGGUCCGCGGCGACUUUGAGAAGAAGCACGUGGUCGCGCCGGCCGCGAGUCUCCUCAGCGCGGUCAAGGUCAACGCCGCCCCGGCUCGCUCAAGAUGAUCUACCACACGACGGUCGGUGAAGGUCGCAAGGUGCUCCCGGCUACCGAGUCGCUCAUCGACCUCGCGACGUGCUUGCCGCGCCAAUAGGUAUUAUCCGCGGGAACGAGCUCUUGGCUAGUUGACUUUCCUGUGUUUACAUUUCUUUUUGCACACC